AAUCUUGAUUCUCAUUCUUUCUAUAUGAAUAUAUUUUCUUCCGAGCGGUUGCUGACUGGACAAUUCUGCUUAAUUUCGUUUGCGUGGAUGAUUUCACAGUGCGAAACAUGGCAAAAAAGUAUCUUUUUGCUGUCAUUUUAUUAGCCACAACGUUGACUGUGCUGGAGUGUAAAUUCCCUUUUUUCGGAAGAAGGAGUGUCAAUAUCUACAAGUUCCUAGAUGUCAAGGAACCUAUCUGGACCUAUACUACAAGCAGGCGUACUGAUAUUUUGUGUGAAGUGGAUGUAAUGACGAAUAUAACAGCCAGCGCUAUAUCUUUCACACGACUGUCCUACGACCGCAAAGGAAGAACAUCGGGCAACCUGAAGGGAACAUUCAACCGGCGCCGAAAGAAGCACAUGCUAGUGCACACUCAAGGUGGAGCAUACAAUUUUCACGAGGAGAUCCUAUAUAUGAGUUCUGACUCUAGUUGCGCCGUUAUUAUGGUAACGCGGCUGUUUGGUGGUACAUUCCGCGCCUAUGAUCUGCGAGUGAAAAAUUCAUCUGUUGCGGACGGGCCUAAUAAGGACUGUGUUAGAAAAUUCAAGAGGCGAGAUGGUCGAGGACAAGUGAUUUACAGACCGCAGUGCAGUGACAUACUUCAUAACAAAACGCAAACACCACUGCCGAAUUCGGAGCAAAAUCCGAAGCCGACGACUAAUACGCACGGCUAAUACGUUUGUUGACAUAUGUGCAGCUAUGGUUUUACAUAACUAGUAUAUCCAAGCAGAUUUGGGUGUACAGCUUACAUAUUUCGAAAUAUAACCACACUUCUGCAGUCUCUCGACAAA